UACCGCACGGCACUGAGAAAUGUUACUCCAGGACUUGGUCCCAUGACACUGACCCCCCUUCUCUCCCCGCAGCCGAGCCAGAGCCGACUAUCCUGUGUGUCUAUGUGAGCCGAGAGGACUCCUCGCUGGCGGUGGCUUUCUCCCAGCCUGUGGUGGUGAUGCCAGGAUCCUGCGACCUGCUGCUCUUCGCAGACGAGGCCCCCCUGGCGGUGAAUUGGCACACACCCGACGGGAAAAACCGCCCUGGCCUCAUGUGGCUGUGUGACCUGCCGGCCUCGGCCCUCAACGAGCACUGGCCCCAGCACACCUUCCGGGUGCACUGGGCGGGCGGGGAGUCCCAGAAGGAGUGCGUCCUCUUCAAAGGCUGCAGUGAAGGCUGGUGCCGGGACUCCGUCACCGAGGAGCAGGUGUUCAGGUGCGAGCUCUCCAUGGAGAAGUCGACUGUGCUGCAGUCGGAACUGGAGUCCUGUAAGGAGCUGCAGGCCCUGGAGCCGCAGAACAAGUGGUGUCUCCUCACCAUCAUCCUCCUCAUGCGGGCCCUGGACCCCCUGGUGUACGAACGCGAGACCCUCAGCUACUUCGACACCCUGAAGGCCGCUGACCCCAUGCGCUCGGCCUAUCUGGAUGACCUGCGCAGCAGAUUCCUCGUGGAGAACAGCAUCCUGCGGAUGGAGUACGCCGAGGCCAGGGUGGUGGACCUGUCCUGCCGGGGCCUGACCAUCCUCUGCCACCUGGAGCAGCUGCCGCUCGUCACCCACCUGAACCUGGCCGGGAACCGGCUGCGCCGCCUCCCUCCCACCCUGGCCAUGCUGCGCUGCCUCGAGGUGCUGGAGCUGGAUGGGAACCAGAUCGAGACCCUCGAGGGGCUGCCCCCCCUCCCCCGCCUGGAGGAGCUCUCAGCCUGCAGCAACUGCAUCCAGCGACCUUCUGACCUGCGACCUUUGGCCUCCUUCCCCAAGCUCCGCAUCCUGGCCCUGCGGGGGAACCCCCUGGGUGACCUCCCUGAUGCCCAAUCAGAGCUGGCCGUGCUGCUGCCCCUUGUGGAGAUCGCCCUCUCCUGAUUGGCCGGGAGCGGCUGGCCCCGCCCAUUCUCCCUUGCCCGCCAAUAAUUUAUUGGACCCAGGAAA